AUGUCUUUCCUCAAGCACGGAGUAUUGUUCAUCUUGGACAUCUUCGCCAUCGUCACCCUCUGGCGAUGUUCCGCCUACCUUGUUCGCCAAUAUCUUACUAAAAGAACUACUAUUCUGCACGACCUUCCUAAUCUUGGCCGGCCCAGACCCGAUGAGAAGAGAAUCAAGGGCACCGCGGUCGUAUGUGGAGGGAGCUUCGCGGGAUUGUGGUCUGCUCGUGUUCUUUCUGACCAUUUCGAAGACGUGCUCGUCGUGGAUCCUGAAACCUGGCUGGGUACUCUCGAAGGAUGUACACCAUUGUACAAUUCGACAGGAGAGCCAAUCAAGGGUAAUAAACAACACCCAAGGUCUCGCGUCUUCCAGUAUAACACAACUCAUGCCUUCCAACCGAUAAUCUAUGCUAUCUUAAAGAUGCUGUAUCCCUCAGUAGAUGACGAAAUCAGAAAGAUGAAUGGACGCACUGGGAACUCCGACCAUUGUGCUCAUCUUUUCGACACAAAACUGAUGCGUCCACCAAGAGGCGCUGAUGGCAGUUGCUUGCAAAAUCUCUACCUCAGCCGUGAAUCCUUCGAGCGGUUGCUUCGUCGACUUGUCGUUAGGUGCUCACCACGUAUCCGAUGGAUGGUAGGGACAGCAAAAAGCGUGGAUACCGUACAGGGCGACACAAACACACUUUCUUCCGUUACCGUACGCCUUCCCGAUAAUUCGGAACAAACUAUACCAGCAGCGCUUGUCGUUGACUGCACAGGGACAACUCAGGCGGGUCUUAAGUGGCUGAAGCGUAUCGGUGCAGAAACAGACAAGACCGAAGGUGGCCGUCUAGCUCUAAGCGAUCCAGAUCUACGAAUUUCGUAUUGCACGAACCAGCAGACCCGAACGUUUUACUUUCCCAUACCCCCCGAAGCACGGAAGAAGCUUCCGAUUCCGGGUGGAUAUGACAAUGCCAAGUGGCUGUACACUUUUACGCCUGUUCUUGGAAAGGGCAGGAAGAGCGUUUUCGUGGAUCGACUCGAGGGUCACCGCAUGAGAAUCAUGGUCGGAACGUGGGGCGAUCUGCCACUUCCAACAUUGGAUGAAUUGAGAGACUUCUUCGAGGACUUUAACCCUAUCCAAAGGCUACCUGAAUGGCUGUUAGUUCUGAUCGAUGCGCUGCUGGAGUUCAAAGAACAUGCAGAAUUCGUCACUUCAAAAUAUCCGGUAUUAUCGUGGAUUCGAUAUGAAAAAGCUGCUUACGUUCCUUCAAACUUCGUUGCUGUCGGAGACUCUGUCAUGCAGGUUAAUCCAACGUUCGGACAAGGGUGUUCUAAAGCAUGCGUGGGCGCGGUUGCUCUGGAUAGCCUUCUUCGGUCGCGAGAUGUAAUCAAUUCAACUAAGAUCCCAGCUGGAUUCGGCGCGCGAUACUUCAAGGAACAAGCCCAGAAGACUGCUAUCGCAUGGGAGGGAACAAAACCUAUAGACUAUCUCUUCCCGACCACUACACCCGUCAAGGGUGAGAAACUCAGCGACGAGUGCGUAGCAGCCAAACUGUCAACAAGCAUGAUGUUACUCUCUCUGACCGACGAGAAGAUCAACAGCGUGUUAUUUCAUGCAUGCAAUUUCCUUGGCGCCCCGAGCGAACUUAUGCAUCCUGCCAUUCUCGCGAAGGUCCUGUUCUUCUGGACUCGACAGCGUCUGGGUCUUGCUUGGAAAAUUCCACAAGACUGA